ACAAUGAUGACUUCUGCUCGUUCGUCGUCCUUAUAUCUCUCCAUUCUGCAUAGGAUCAUCAUUAUGGAAUUACCACUUCUGUAGCAGUCGAGAUGCCGUCGAAUGCAAGACCCUCGAGUGCUCGUGGUUUCAGCCAUCAAUUCCGACUGAAUCGCCAACGGACUGAGACCGAAGCUCUGCUUGCGUCACAGCAUGACGAAGAGGAUGUUGCCGACAGCGAUGGCCUAUACCCGCCACAUUGUACGUGGACCAGCGCACAUCGGGAGCCUCCUCGUGCAGCAGACCCCUAUGGGAACGGUAAUUGCAAUGUCUAUGAGAAUAUCCAUCGCGUUCGGAGGGACAUUAUAAACAGCAUAGACGAUCCAUACUCGCUCGAACAACUAAAAGCACCGCGCAUGAAUAUCUCCGUGGUUCGUCCUUUGGUCGACUCGCUCUAUGAAAUGCAGGAUCUCUCUAUUGUGUACUGUCUUCUCGUAAACCGAAUGCAGUUCAUCCGGGAACAAUCAUUCGCAACUCAUCACCAGACUGUCAACCUAACCCGGGCACUGCUUUGCGAACUGCUCGCCGAGAAGAUCCUUCGUCGAUACAACGAACAAAAUCCCGGCCCACGAGGCCUGCUUAAGCUAGCAAAUAUUCUUGUCGCUGGAUUUGAGCCGUUUCAGGGCGCUCCUGAUGAGGUCUACAAGCAGAGCAUCCAUGCCAUGCAUUGGGCGAAACGGAAGAGAGGCGGCAGGAUCGAAAGGAAACUGACAGCCCUUGAAGUAGCCAUUAUCAGCGCGAGUAAGAGCUUUCUGGCGAGUAGUGCUUGCCAAAAGGUUGUCGACGCGAUCUACCGAGGGAAGCUGGUCUACACACCUAAUAGUUUCAUCGACAUCAUUCCUGAUCACUGGAAGAAGCGGCCGAUCUCAUUGUAUGACCCACGCAGAGCGCCAAUGCUGAACCAGUAUCGGCUCAUCGUACCUCGGACUCGAAACAUCAUCGAACUAUGCCAAUUUGCGAUACUUCUUGCGUUGUAUGUAGUGGUCAUGGCUGGCCGUGAAAGUCGAAUGAGGACGGAUUACAGUAUCGUCGAGGCUGUCUUUGAUGUUUAUGCUUCCGGCUGGGUUCUCGAUCAGUUCGCCUCGAUCUUGGAGCAUGGCUGGGGAGUCUACACCCAGAAUCUGUGGUCGUUUCUGGAUGUCAUGUUCUGCUUAAUCUUCGUUGUAUACUUGAGUUUGCGAUUACACGCUCUCCGCAUCUUCGAUGAAGAACAGUCUGUGAUCGUGGCUCGGACCGCUCUGGAUGUCCUGAGUUGUGGCGCCCCGGUGCUGGUGCCCCGAUUGGCAUUCAAUAUCAUGUCGGAGAAUUUGUUAUUUCUUUCCUUAAGAGCCAUGAUGUCUGACUUCAUGACCCUUACCAUUCUUGCGGUCUGGUGCUUCGCGGGAUUCCUGUUGAGCCUGAAAUGGCUGCAUGCUGGUGCUCACCAGUCUCUCACAAUUGGCAAAUGGAUGAUAUGGAUUUGGUUUGGUCUCGAUGGCACAGGCAUUGACCAAUCUCCCGACUUCCACUGGCUCCUUGGUCCCGUCCUGAUGGUUUUGUUUGCGUUCCUGGGAAACACCCUCUUUCUGACGAUACUUGUGUCGAUGUUGACCAAUACUUUCAGCGGGAUUGUGGGAAAUGCUGUUCAGGAGAUCCAAUUUCGCCGAGCAGUGCUUACCUUUGAAGGUGUGAAGUCUGACGCGAUAUUCGCGUAUUUGCCUCCAUUCAAUAUUCUUGCCUUGCUCAUCAUGCUUCCCUUGAAAUGGGCGAUCUCAGAGCGGAUGUUCCACAAGAUCAACGUGGCCGCUGUCAGAACCCUCAAUCUUCCAGCAUUACUGCUGAUUGCUCUGUAUGAGAGAAGGACGCUGUGGAUGUCGGAUAAGAAGUACAAAAAUAGGAAGAUUGAUUGGAAAAAUGCCAAUGGGCCGAAGGCGACGGCCGGACAAUACUGGGCCAUCUCAAGAUUCACUGUCCACGGAGAUAUUCAUGCGGUCUUCGAUAUCGACCCACCUCAGUCUGUCUUGGAUAGGAUCGCAGAAGAGGACGAUCUGCAAGGAGAUGACAGUAUCGGGAAAGCACUCAGCAACAAUUUGAACCAAGGCUUUGGGGUGUCUGGCAGACCGAGACGCCAAAGUGGUGUACUUGACAGCAACCGGACAAUGUCGGUCAGUUCGACAAAGACAAAACAGAAGCGCCAGGGGGACUCUGAAGAGCCUGGAAAUCUGAAGAAGGAAUUUGCGGAUUCUAGCGAUGGUGAAGAUGAAGCGGAUCACCCACGAGGUUAUCGAAAACCGAGGCGAGGCGAGCGUAUGGACUCGAUAGUGGAUCUGAAUGAUGACGACGGCACCAACAACCGACUGCUGGAAGCCAAUGCGCGCCUACACAAGAUGGAAGAGUCUAUGGGCAGAAUGGAAGCAAUGAUGGCUCAAUUGCUGAACGUUGGUGCAGGCGAUGUCAGUUCGGAGAACAGCGAAGGGAAGGCAGAGCUGGCGGAGCAAUUGCGUACCAACUCAUUGAAGUAGAUUGAUUCCUGGAGGGCGUUUAAGCAAGCGAGGUUGGAUUGAAAUACAAGAUACAAG